AUGUUGAGCCUUGGAAAUUGGAAUCUCCCCUGCUUCGCACUCGCAGAUCAAUCACGAAACCGCAACUUUGUGGGUCGAGAUCACAUCUUGAAUUCGAUGGAUGACUACCUACUUCCUCAAGAAACGUCUCUCCCAGCAGAUAUGAACAGUAUCCGCAGUUUUGCCAUCUGUGGAGAAAGCGGGAUGGGCAAAACCGAUUUAGCCAUUGAAUAUGCCUACUCAAGACGAAGCCAAUUCGGGGCUGUGUUUUGGCUGCAUGCUGGUAGUGCGGCAGAAUUGAUGACCGACUUUUGUCAAAUCCCGGGCUACUUAGGCCUUGCAAAUACAUAUAGCCAUCCCACGCCCGAAUCAAGGAGGAAACUUGCGAAAGCUUGGUUGAAUAAUCCCAAGAAAAGCGUGGAUUGGGGUGUGAAUUGUCGGUGGUUAUUAAUCUUUGAUAAUGCCGAUGAUUUGGAUGUUAUUGCGGAUUAUAUUCCUCGUGGUGGGAAUGGAUCCAUUUUGAUUACGAGUCGGAGUUAUGCGGCGAGAGAUUAUUUCUUUGAGGAUGGCCCGGGCAUUGAUUUGGAUCCUCUUUCUACGGGCGAAGCGACUGCCCUUUUACAACGGCUGGUACUAGGGGCGGAUGGAAGGUUGAGUCGGACUGAUCAGAAAGCCUUGAUGAAGAUAGCGAGCUUAUCUGGAGGUGUGCCUGGAGAUAUCACGCGAAUUGCCGAGUCGAUUCAACAUAGAUCCGUCCCUCUUCGAGAGUGUGCGGAUAUGUUUGCUCGUGAUAUGGCCCGCUUAGCACAGGUAAGAGUCUACACCUUUGAUAUCAGUCGAAUGUGGAUCUAA